AUGAGCUCCACUGGGGCAUUCAAUCCCUAGCCACGAGAGGAGAGCGUUUUUGUCGUAGCCUGUGAUCGCGGAUUUCAUCCGGCAUUCCAUCGAAGAUGUGCCUGCUGCUGGGCGUAGAUCGAGAUGAUAAUGCUCCAGGAGAAGCGCUUCUUGCGGAAGAAGAGCUCGCGAAGGCUCAGAUUGGCGAGGUAUUUGUCCUGCUCCAGGCCGAUGGAUGCAAUCUGGGAGUCCUGUGCUAGAUCGCGCGCGGCAGUGCAGCAGCUGGAGGAGCGAUUCUCUCAGGCAUUCCGACGAUUUUGGAGUCUAGGGUUUAUGGAUUCCUGGCGAUGAGUCGAGGCUUCGGCUGCCACACCGUUGACAAGAUUUAUGGCAGCAUUGCGCCUGUUGCGAUCGGCUGCCAUCGCUCACAGAUGGCAGCAGCGCAUUGCGAGCGCAGGCUUUUUCACCAGAAGCUCACUCUUUGGUACUCGGCCUUCUCAAAGGGACGAGAAACACGAUCUACUGCUCACUGCAAAUGUCGCGGAGGCAUCCCUGCGACGAGAAUUCCCCCAGCAGCAGGAGAAGGCGAUCGACGACGACAAGAUCACUAAACUGCUUGAGAUGAUCGAAUCCAAGCCCGACACCUUCGAGGCUGUGAAGAAAUGGAUGAGGAGAGGGAACUGUUUGAGCAGCGACGUGCUCUCCACGAUUUAUUUCUGGCUCAUGAAACGCAAGCGCUACACCGAGAUCAUGAAGCUGCUAGAAGGCAUUCGAUGCGAGAGAUUGGUGAAGUUCACCGACAUGCACUGCGUCUGGGCGAUUGGUGUCAUCUCCCGGCGGCGAGGAAUGGCCAAAGCCGAGCGUUUCUACGACAGCCUUCCAGAGAAGCUGAGGACUGACCGGGUGACAGUCGGGCUGUUUCUUAGUGUCGCGAAAGAGAACGGGCUCGCCAAGGCCGAGCAGUGGCUAGAGAAGAUCCAGGUCCACACCACGGACAUCCUCGACGUGAUGAUGGUGCUCUAUCUCAACAGGGACAAGCACCACAAGGUGGUGGAGAUGUUCGAGAGAAUGCGGGGCUUGGGGCUCCAGCCGAGCGUGAGAACUUAUCUCAUGCUGCUCAAGUGCAAGGACAGGGGUGCCGGUGGAUUGAAUGCAAUCGAGGGAGAAGCUCUUGGAGCUGUGCAGACGAUGGAUGUGGAGGACCCGCCGCUCAGAACGCUCAACGAUGCGAUGGAAGUUUAUGGCUACGUCGGGAAACAGGAUGGUAUCGAGGAGCUUUGGAGAUCAUUGAAGAGAACGAGAAGUGAUAUCCACCAGUCCAGCUACUUCAGCGCGAUCACUGCAUUGGGACUGGUUGGCGAGGUCGCCAAGGCUCGAGCACUUUGCAAGGAACUUCUAGCUGGAUCGGACGAGUUUACGAAGUUUGAGCAGAAUCCACACGCUCUGAUGCUAGAAGUUUAUGCUCGCAAUGGGAUGAUGGAGAAGGCGGAACGUAUCUUGCAAAGCAAGGAGCUGGACCGCGACUCUUUCGCUCCUUACAACAGUUUGAUUCAAGGCUACAUGGCAGCGAACAACAUUUCAGAGGCGCUCAAGAAGCUGGACGAUGGUCUUGCAGCUGUGCCUGCGAAAAGCAUCAGGCUGCAGUACAAGACGAUGAUGGUGCUGCUGCCAGUCUACGCAGCAAACGGCGACGUAGAGGGUGCCAAGGAGCUGAUGCGGAGGUACACGAAGCUAGGUGAUGCCGGAGUAUACAACGAGUUCCUCAAGGUCUACAUCUCUCGCAAGCGCCACCCCAGAGAGUUCAUGGAAAGGAUGCAAGCAAACGGUGUCGAGGGGAACAGGGAAACGGAGAAGCUGCUGGAGGAGCUCGACAUGUCGCCAGAGGGGGUCUUCAAGAGGCAAAUGAAGCAGCAGGGUAUAGGGUUUUAGAAUGUCUCGCUGGUUGUCACUCCUGCGGCAAAGGCGCCAGUGGGUGCGCGCAUUUUCCA